UUAGAUUCAAAGCCUAAAAAGCCCAAUAUGUCUAACCAUUGUUUCUCGCCCUGAUAUAGUGGGUGACCGGCCGUUGCAAAUUUAGAGUUGGGCUGCAAAUUGCAGAGGAAAAAAAUUAUCCGGUAUAGGUGUAACCCGAGAAUGAAUCGACCCGUAACCCGUUGCUAUUAUAUCUCCAUUCUCUUUUCAUUUACUCGUCCCCUUCGCCGAUUAGCCUAACUUCUUCGCCCGCCAUUCUGGUUUUGGGGUUAAAGCUCGAAGGUUUAGUCUCAGUUUAGAUUCGGGUAAUUUCAUUUUAAUUCAUUAUUCUCAGCUUUCUUUGGAAUUUGUUGUUUGAUGACUUGAUCGUUGAUGGCGUCGUCCCUUUAAUAAGUUUCGGUUUUUUUUUUCUUCCUCUGUAUUGUGAGUUUUUACGAAGGCCAGAGAAGCCAAAUUUAUAUUGUUAUGGAGCAUUGAAAUGAUGGAUACUUUUGGGGUCCGAUUCACAAUAGUGACACUGUAUCUUUUAUGAGCAAUAACAGAUUAUUUGACACUUAAUAAUUUAGUACUGCAGUUUCUUUAUGCCUAAAUAUAAGUUAUUUGGAUGUAUAUGUAUUAUUAAUACGAAUCAACGACACACUUAGUUAUUUGUUUUCAAUUUAGUUUGACUUGUUUAUAUACGGUUUCUGCCAAUUUCAUAAUGAGGCAAUUCAUAAUAGGAUAUUUUUUUUUUUAUUGUCAAUGGACAACAGCAAUUACGGGAAUUUACAUGGUGUUACUACAUUUAACUGCUCAAGCCUGAGACUAUGGUUUGGAUUUCAUUUCAGUUUCCCACUCGUUUUGCUUUCAUUUUUCAGUAUUUGGUUAUUUGAUCUUUUGCCGAACUAGUUAGUUGGAUGAUGAUAGGAGUUGGGGAUGGACUGUGCGACAGCGCUGAGCCUCUGAGGUCUGUAUGGAUGCAUAUUACUAUCUCGACAAUAAUCCAUCAGUUAAAUGUUGAUCCUGUAAUUGCAAUCGGAUGCCAAUUAGUUAGGUGUCGGUCAGUUAGACAUUAUCUUAUUUAAUCGGCACUCUCAGAUUUCAAUACUUGUUAUACUUGAUUAUGUGUUUAGUAUCAUGUUGUAGACAGUUAAAAGAGGAUAUAGUAUUAUGAAUGUGAUAAACUAGUUGUUUCUUUCUAAAGUUGAAGUCUUUGAAGAUGAAUGUGAGCUUUGAGAUGGGGUUUCAAUGAUAUGAUUCAUUGAAGUUGUUUCUUAAACUUGAGUAUCUUUUAUGGUUUUUGUCAUACGAGAUUUAUACUGUGUUAUACACUUGCAAAUGCAGGGAAAAAUAGGCAGAAGAAGAAAUGAAUAAGAAGGAAGUGUUCAAGCUCGCAAAAGGGUUCCGAGGAAGAGCGAAAAAUUGCAUAAGGAUAGCUAGAGAAAGAGUGGAGAAGGCCCUUCAAUAUUCUUACAGAGAUCGCCGCAAUAAGAAGCGUGAUAUGCGGUCCCUUUGGAUAGAGCGCAUUAAUGCGGGUACCCGUCAGCAUGGGGUCAACUAUGGCAAUUUCAUGCAUGGACUGGUGAAAGAGAACAUACAAUUGAACAGGAAAGUUCUGUCAGAGCUCUCUAUGCAUGAACCAUACAGCUUUAAGGCUUUGGUUGACACUUCACGCACUUCCUUUCCUGGGAAUAAGAAGAAACCUGUGGUAGCAGCUCCCAAAAAGGAUGGUCUUGCAAUUGUUCUUUGAUCAUCAACCUUCAUUUGCUGCUCUUAAUUACGUAGUUUGUCACGUCGCUCCAGCACUUAGUGAUUCACUGAAAUGUAUGGUGAAAGAAUUGCAUUGCUUGAUCUUAUUAUCACAAACUUAACACUAGCCCAGGAGUAGUUAAACUAGGAGUUCACAAAGCUUGAUAUACUCCCUAAAUGUGAAUCUCCGCAGUUGGUUGAUAGAAUUGAUAUAUUUUGAUGGGAAUGUUAUGAUGCAGAAUUGCAGAUCCUACUUGUUCUUCUUAGUUUGCAAUGAUACUAUUUUGUUGCUUUGAAUCUGAUCUGAAUAAACAAUUGUUAACAAUAGC